GCCAUUUUGUCAGUUGGACUUUUUUUUUUUAAGGUAAUUUUUCUUCCCGCCCGAAUUAUAACUUUACGUAGGUUAAUCACCUAUCGGAUUUUAGGGGAAGGGAAGAAUUACCCCACUUUGGCAGUGCUAGCGAGGCGAAGCGGGGUGAGCGUGCGUAUGGAAAGGAGUGAUCGGAGCGGAGUUCCAGAGAAGCCGGUUCGGCGGCAUCAGCGCUCGCGAGGGGGAGGAGAGCGGGGGGCUGGCCGGCAGGAGGGGGCGCGAGUGAGUGAGUGAGGAGUUCCCAGGGGCUCGGUCCAGCGCUGCGCUCCCCUUUUCUCCCGUGCCGCUCUUGCGCUCUCCGCUCUUCUUGGCCUGGACUCAAGCAGCAGUCGAAGCUGAGGUGCUGCCGCCGCCACCGGCUGUGUCCGGGCCCCGCUGCCGAUCGCUGCGCAGGUUUGGAACGCGCGCCAUUUUGUGAGCGAUAGAAAAUCUGCCCGGCCAGGAAACGCCGCGGAUCCGCCCGCCGGGCCGGGCCGCCCUCCUCUCGCAAGAGGGAGGUGGGUUGAGGGCUCCGCUCCAGGGCCAAGGCUCUGCUCUACUCCUUUCUGCACAGGGCCUGAAUGUGGCGGACUAAGUGAGGCAAGCCGGCUGAGGAGACUGCGGAGACGUUGCUGGGCUGGGCCGCGCCGCGCCGCUGGCUGAGGCGGGGAAUGAACUGAACCCACCCGCCGCUGCCGCUACUACCCCCACCACCUCCUUGCAUCCCGAGAAAGGAGGCCUCGUUCAGGACCAGGACGACUACAGUCCUUAUACCCGAACUAGAGGCGGCCACCGCCCCAUACACGGGUCUGUGGCUCCUGGAUGGAUAUGCAUGAAAUUACACUGUAAAGAUAUGAAAUGUUGUUGUUAUGUGUCUUCAACUCGACUACGACUUAUGACGACCCUAUGAAUCACCGAUCUCCAACAGCAUCUGUCGUGAACCACCCUGUCCAGAUCUUUGUUUGCUGCUGGCCUCUCCCCAUGCCCCCACCCCACAGGAUGGUAUGAAAUUUGAAAGAAGACGAUGCAUACAGGAGGAGAGACUUCAGCAUGCAAACCUUCAUCUGUUCGGCUUGCACCGUCAUUUUCAUUCCAUGCUGCUGGCCUUCAGAUGGCUGGACAGAUGUCCCAUUCACAUCAGCAAUACAGCGAUCGUCGGCAGCAAAACUUAAAUGACCAACAAGUUUCUGCCUUAUCAUAUGCUGACCAGAUUCAACAGCCUCUCACCAACCAGAGGCGGAUGCCCCAAACGUUCCGUGAUCCAGCAAUUGCUCCUCUGAGGAAACUGUCUGUGGAUUUGAUCAAAACAUACAAACAUAUUAAUGAGGUUUACUAUGCAAAAAAGAAACGGCGACACCAACAGGGCCAAGGUGAUGAUUCUAGUCACAAAAAGGAGCGAAAGGUUUACAACGAUGGAUAUGAUGAUGAUAACUAUGACUAUAUUGUGAAAAAUGGGGAAAAGUGGAUGGAUCGUUAUGAAAUUGACUCUUUAAUAGGCAAAGGUUCAUUUGGACAGGUUGUAAAGGCUUACGACCGUGUGGAACAAGAAUGGGUGGCUAUUAAAAUUAUAAAGAACAAGAAGGCUUUCCUAAAUCAAGCACAGAUUGAAGUGCGACUUCUUGAGCUUAUGAACAAACAUGACACAGAAAUGAAAUAUUAUAUAGUGCAUUUGAAGCGUCAUUUUAUGUUUCGAAACCAUCUUUGUCUAGUUUUUGAGAUGCUCUCCUACAACCUUUAUGACCUGCUGCGGAACACAAACUUCAGAGGGGUUUCACUGAACUUGACGCGAAAGUUUGCACAACAGAUGUGCACUGCACUGCUUUUUCUUGCAACUCCUGAACUUAGCAUCAUUCACUGUGACCUAAAGCCUGAGAAUAUCUUGCUCUGUAACCCCAAACGAAGUGCUAUCAAGAUAGUUGAUUUUGGCAGUUCUUGCCAACUUGGGCAGAGGAUAUACCAGUAUAUCCAGAGUCGCUUUUAUCGAUCACCAGAGGUGCUAUUGGGAAUGCCUUAUGAUCUUGCAAUUGACAUGUGGUCCCUUGGUUGUAUCUUAGUAGAAAUGCACACUGGAGAACCCCUCUUCAGUGGUGCAAAUGAGGUGGAUCAGAUGAAUAAAAUAGUGGAAGUUUUAGGUAUAGCACCUGCUCACAUUCUUGACCAAGCACCAAAAGCAAGAAAGUUCUUUGAGAAGUUGCCAGAUGGCACUUGGAACUUAAAGAAGACCAAAGAUGGGAAAAGGGAGUACAAACCACCUGGAACCCGUAAACUUCACAAUAUACUUGGAGUUGAAACAGGAGGGCCAGGGGGGCGUCGUGCUGGGGAAUCGGGUCAUACUGUGGCUGACUACUUGAAGUUCAAAGACCUCAUCUUAAGGAUGCUUGACUAUGAUCCGAAAACUCGAAUUCAACCUUAUUAUGCCCUGCAGCACAGUUUCUUUAAGAAAACUGCAGAUGAAGGUACAAACACAAGCAACAGUGUAUCUACUAGUCCUGCUAUGGAGCAGUCGCAGUCUUCAGGAACCACUUCUAGCACAUCUUCAAGUUCAGGUGGCUCUUCUGGGACAAGUAAUAGUGGAAGGGCACGGUCAGAUCCUACACAUCAGCAUCGACAUAGUGGUGGACACUUCACUGCUGCUGUGCAAGCUAUGGACUGUGAAACACACAGUCCACAGGUUCGUCAGCAGUUUCCUCCUCCUCUCGGUUGGACAGGCACUGAAGCUCCUACGCAAGUCACAGUUGAAACCCAUCCAGUUCAAGAAACCUCCUUCCAUGUAACCCCUCAGCAGCAGAAUGCAUUACACCAUCAUCAUGGAAACACCUCUCACCAUCAUCACCACCACCACCACCACCACCAUCAUGGACAGCAGGCCUUGGGUAGCAGGACCAGGCCAAGGGUCUACAAUUCUCCAACAAACAGCUCCUCUACCCAGGAUUCUAUGGAAGUGGGUCAUAGUCACCACUCCAUGACAUCCCUGUCUUCCUCAACUACUUCUUCCUCUACAUCUUCCUCCUCAACUGGUAAUCAAGGCAAUCAAGCCUAUCAGAACCGCCCAGUGGCUGCUAAUUCAUUGGACUUUGGACAAAAUGGAGCUAUGGACGUCAAUUUAACAGUCUAUUCUAAUCCACGCCAAGAAACUGGCAUAGCAGGACAUCCAACAUACCAAUUUUCUGCUAAUACAGGUCCUGCUCAUUACAUGACUGAAGGACACCUUGCAAUGAGGCAAGGAAUUGAUAGAGAAGAGUCUCCCAUGACAGGAGUUUGUGUUCAGCAAAGUCCUGUGGCUAGCUCGUGACUAAACUGAAACAAAUUUGUUUCUUGUGUGUUUUUAUAGAAGUGGUGUUUUUCCAAAAAAAGUGCAAAGCUGCUUGAAUCAGAAGGAGAUAGACUUAACUGAACCGCUACAGAAGGGCAAAGCUGACUAUUUUUUAAAACUUGAACAGAUUGCAAAGGGACAGUGAAGUUCUUAGAGCCAUGAUACCUAUCCUAGAUAGCUUUGAGGUGAUGUCACACCUUGCUGCCCCUAUUUUAAUUAUCACAAUGAAGUCAUAGAUUCCCUCCUCUCUCUCAUUCAACAGGAGUAAAUGUUCAAAUGUUGGUCUUAAUUGCAAUCAACUUUUUAAAAGCACUGCCCAGGAUCAUAUAAAUGGGCUUUUUUGGGGGGGCGGGGUCUUGUUUUUUUAAUGGAGGUGGUGGAAGAGAGUAAUAUGCGUUUUAAUUUCCCAAACACACGAGAGCAUGAAAAGGCAGUACUGUAAGGUAGAGGGACCUUCAGAUUGCAAAGUAUAGUCUUCAGCUGUAAAAAGGGACGGUUGUAAUGGUGUUCAUGAGGCACACUGAGCAUUCUAAGUGGCGGUCAUCAGGACUCUCCUUAUCUGAACCUACUGAGAAUCAAAGCAGCAAUUAUAAUGGGAUUCUGUGUGUCUCAUAUUUUGAGACCAUAAUCAGCUAGUAUUGAAAUAUGGCUGGUCUUGUAACUAAGGUGCACUGAGAAGCAAUCAACAGGUUGGUUUUGGCCAGUCCAGGGGAAAGUCUAAGUGGUGGUCUUUGGGACAACCUUUGGCCUUAUGGAUUUGGACUCUAAGUUAAAAGAGCCUACUGUUUCAGAUGCAAUCACUUUUGGACAUGCUUUUGCAGACAGUCCUUAAUGCUGAAAACACAGAAUGGGUAAUUCAAGAGGCCUUUCUUUUAAAAUAGACUUUUGUGACCCACUUAUUGUAAGGUAUUGCAAGGUCACUUUGCGUGUGUCAUAAAGCUGACUUCCUUAUUGGUUGAAGGUCACAGGAAUAGUGGUUUGCUUUUGAUGGAAAUAGCUACGACUGUGUUCCUCCCUGCUUUUUACGUUUUUGUUUUGUUUUGCUUUUUCUGGGCACGUGGUUUCUCCACCAUUACUUCUGCACAAAGAUGUCUUCUGUUCAUCCUGAACAUUUUUAAAAAUGCAGAAUUUUAUGUGACUGCUUUUUUGCCUCACAAUUAUGCUGUGAAUUUUACAAAAAAAAUUAUUUUCUUUUUUGAUAAUUUAUUGUACCAAAGCUGUUUUUAUAGCACAUAGAUGUCUGUAACCAAUAAUGUAGCAGUUCUGCACUUUGACACAAGGUGUAACUAGACCAUUUUUAAAUGUCAGUUGAAAAUUAUGGCUGUACUAUUGCUUAAACAAAACUGGAACUGUUGUUGAAUUCAUAGCCAAUACAUCUACAGCAAACUGUGUACUGAACAUGAUAGAUUUGACAUCUAAUUCAAGACUAUUAUAACAUAUGUUACAUUAUAAAUGUGUUCAGGCUUCUGAAAGUAAAAGGGACUCUAGAUCCAGAAGCUAUGAAACCAGCAGUUGAUUCUUAUAUUCCUUAUUAGCAUAAAUGUAAACUUGAAGGCAAGACCUUGAUUGCAUGAACAGGUCCAAACACUAGUAUGAGUAAAGCAAAAAGCUCACGUGAGACCUGAGGUUAACAGGUUGUACUUAAAAGGUGCCUCAUUUUUGGGUUCUACUGCCUUAAUAUAACAGUCAGCUUGGCAGUUGCUAAAUUUCUGGACCCAUAUAAAGAUAUUAAAAUUAUGGACAAAAACACAGUGAAUAAAAUUGAGGGAUUGGGGUAAUUAAAUGAUUGUCUUUCCUUAACACUGUUUGCCCUGUGUGUGUUAACAAAAGCAGUAAUCUACCUCUGCCAGUAAACAGGUUAAAAAAAGGUCAUUCAGCAGAAAACCAAGUACUUCAUACUGGUCAGUUUCAUAUGACCAAGUAGGUCAGGUCUUCUGAACAAAAGGUGUUUUUUUAAAAAAACAAAAACAAGCAAAAAAAAAUAGUCCUCACAAUGGCAGCAGAAAGGCUGAAUACAGUGCGUGUGAAAGAAUGCUUUGGGAAUUAAUCCAUUUUUGUAAAUCAACUUUUUUUAUCAAGGGAUCUAUUUUUCUUUUGUACUGAAAUGUCAAGCCUGUGAAUUAAAGUACUUUUGAACUUACCUAGUUCAGAAACAUUUGGUGAGUGAAAGGCUGUCAUCUUAGAGAUGGAACACUGAGCUUAGCAAUACAAAAAGGAAUCCAGUACUUACUGCUGUCCAGGAAUAUAAGGGUAAAAAAUAUGGGUAACUUUUUUUUUCUGUGCUGGUUGCCACACCUUAGCAAGCACCAAAAAUUAAUACUGUUUUUAAAUCUACAUAAUGAAAAAACCAUAAACUCCAAUGCUUCUGCAUACUCUGUUAUGUUACAGUCCAGUUUUGUGUGCUUUACUACACAGUUUGGUUACAGGACUUCUGUGCAUUGUAAACAUAAACAGCAUGGAAAAGGUUAAAUACCUGUGUUCAGAUUGUAAGAUCUAGUCCGGACUUGCUGUGUAUAUUGUAACGUUAAAUGAAAAGACAAGCCCUUUGUAUUAUAGUCAUGCAGUCUUAUGUAUGAUAAACAGUUGAAUAAUUUG